AUGUCUAACUACGAUAACAACUCUGGCUCCUAUGACAAUGACAGCUACGGCUCAUCUGGUCGUGGAGGCAACAAUAGCACCUACGGUUCAUCUGGCCGUGGUGGACGCACCGGAGGAAACGAUGAUAGCUACGGCUCCAGCAACACCGGUGGUUACGGCUCAUCCAACCAAACCGGCUCUGACAACUACGGCUCAUCCAACCAAACCGGUUCCGACAACUAUGGCUCCUCAAACACGGGCUCCAGCGGCCUAGGAGGACGAGGAAACACCACCGGUGGAUCCGACAACUACGGCAGCUCUGACAACUACGGCAGCUCCAACACUGGCUCAAGCGGCUUCGGUUCAUCCGGUGGUAACAACACCAGCUCGGGCUACGGCGGAAACAGCGGAAACACCGACUCCUACGGUUCCUCGGGAAACACCUCGAGUGGACUUGGAGGCAACACCGGUUCUGAUUCAUACGGCUCGGGCAACACUGGGUCAGACUCAUACGGAAGCAAGAACACCUCGAGCGGCAUCGGAGGCAACACCGGUUCUGAUUCAUACGGCUCGGGCAACACGGGCUCCGAUUCAUAUGGAAGCAAGAACACCUCGAGCGGACUUGGCGGCAACACCGGUUCUGAUUCCUACGGCUCGUCCAACCAGACAUCUUCCGACACCUACGGUAGCUCCAACACGGGCUCGGGGGGCUACGGAGGAAGCAGCGGAAACACCGAUUCCUAUGGCUCUGGAAACCAAACUGGCUCAUCAGACAACUAUGGAUCGAGCGGUAACAGCAGUGGUAAUAACAAGAAGAAUGACAGCACGGCUGGCAAGUUGCUGGAGAAGGUUGGCGGCUUUAUAAAGAAUGAUAACAUUCAGCAGAAGGGCGCUGAGAAGAGGGGAAAUGCUGGGAAUGAUGAUUAUUCUUCCGGAGGUAACAACAACAACAACUAUUAA